GUCAUUCAAGAACCUUCGACCCAUCGGAGCGGUACGACUGAAUCUACAAUACUCUUUCGAGUGCGUGGGGUGUGUUUACAAAAGUGGGGCCUAGCGACCAACUUGAGGGUAUCGGAAUGGCCAAAGUUUUCGGGAGUGUACGGUUUAAGUAGCUUUUUGGAGGUUCUUUUUGGGCGUUCUUCAGCGAUAGUUGAGGGCAAGGCAGGAAAAGUUGGAAUUUAGUGAUACCAUAUGUGAGUGUGGUGUGUGCGGGCGUGUAAACUCGGCGGCCCGAUAACGUUGUGUAAUAUAUGUUUAGUAGGCAGUCAUCGGCUCUUAAUACACAAGGGAGUCGGCUGAGUUUUAAUUAAGUCGAACAAAGAACGACGACAGAUCGAACGAUGGAGGAGGACUCGAAACUGCAACCAGACGCACCGUCAUCACCGACAGAUACCGCAAUCCAGAUUUCACCAGCGGCCGGCGAAGAAGAGGUAGUAGCUGCUGCCGCUACUAAUAGCAAUGAUAAGAGCAAGGUUGAAGACCCUUCAGCUGACGCUGACAGGCUGUACAAAUCGGUGGAAAACAUGGACGACUACGGCGAAUCGACGGGUCUGCUGGAGCAGCAGGUGGCGUCGGUUCGGUUGCCGAUCAUCGGCAUGACGUGCCAGUCGUGCGUGAAGAACAUCGAGGGGAACAUCAGCGGGAAGCUGGGAAUCAUCAAGAUCAGCGUGAUCUUGGCGGAGAACGCCGGCUACGUGGACUACGACCCGACGCUGACCGAUCCGGUGCAGAUUGCGGCCGAUAUUGACGAUAUGGGGUUCGAGUGUACGUACAGUGACGAGCGGAGUUCCGGCUUUCAGGAGGCUCGAAUCAGCAUAGAAGGUAUGACGUGCCAAUCGUGCGUGCGAAACAUCGAAGGAAAUAUCAAAGACAAAGCCGGGAUCGUGUCGAUCAAGGUUCUGCUGGAUCAAAAGCUGGGAAUUGUGGAGUACGAUUCUAGGGUGACGAAUCCGGAGCAGAUUGCGGAACAGAUAGACGACAUGGGAUUUGAGGCGAAGGUGGCCACUGCCAGCGAAAGCGCGAACCAGAAGACUGACAGAGACCAGAGUCCGGCCAAAGGCCGAUCAGCCCGUUCGGAGAAGUUGAUCUCAAUCGACGAGGGUGGCCUCACUGCUCCGAACGGGAACGGCAAGCAGGUCCAGCUGAAGGACGCCUACAAGCGUUGCUUCCUGCACGUACAAGGGAUGACGUGCGCCAGCUGCGUAAUGGCGAUCGAGAAGCACUGCAAGAAGAUCUACGGUGUAGAGUCCAUUCUGAUUGCACUGCUUGCGGCGAAAGCCGAGGUCAAGUACGACGAUGCGUUGACGGGACCAGCAGAUAUUGCCAAAUCCAUCACCGAUCUCGGCUUUCCGACAGAGGUAAUCGACGAACCCGGAACGGGGGAAGCCGAGGUUGAGAUCGAAAUCCUCGGCAUGACGUGCGGCUCGUGCGUAAACAAAAUCGAGCAGACAGUGCUGAAACUUCCAGGCGUUCUCAAAGCUUCCGUAGCGCUCACAAUAAAACGGGGACGAUUUACGUUCAACAACGAAAAGACUGGCGCUCGGACGAUAUGCGAAGCGAUACAAGCGCUCGGCUUCCAGGCAACCGUACUGAACAACAAGGACAAGAUGGCGCACAGCUACCUCGAGCACAAGGAAGAGAUCCGGAAGUGGCGCAACGCGUUCCUCAUUUCGCUCGCCUUCGGAGGUCCCUGCAUGAUCGCCAUGAUCUACUUCAUGGUCCUGAUGGAAACUCACAGCCACGAGGAGAUGUGCUGCGUCCUGCCGGGCUUGUCCAUGGAGAACCUGAUCAUGUUCGUGCUCUCCACCCCGGUUCAAUUCUUCGGCGGCUGGCACUUUUACAUCCAGGCGUAUCGAGCGGUCAAACACGGCGCCAGCAACAUGGACGUACUGAUCACGAUGGCCACCACCGUCAGCUACAUCUACUCCGUUGGCGUCCUGAUCCCGGCGAUGGUCAUGGGCAUGAAAACCUCCCCAUUGACCUUCUUCGACACACCGCCAAUGCUUUUCAUCUUCAUCUCCCUCGGACGCUGGCUGGAACACAUCGCGAAGGGAAAGACCUCGGAAGCGCUGUCCAAGCUGCUCUCGCUGAAGGCUACCGACGCCGUGCUGGUAACGCUGGGUGAUGAUUACGAAGUACUCUCCGAGAAGAUCAUCCCGGUGGAUCUGGUUCAGCGAGGAGAUGUCCUGAAGGUCGUGCCAGGCAGUAAGGUCCCCGUUGAUGGAAAGGUCCUGUGUGGCAACUCAACUUGCGACGAGAGUCUCAUCACCGGCGAAUCGAUGCCGGUUCCAAAGAAAAAGAACUCUGUCGUUAUCGGUGGCUCCAUCAACCAGAACGGUCUACUUCUGGUGUCGGCAACGCACACCGGAGAGAAUACCACCCUCGCACAAAUCGUUAAGCUCGUCGAAGAAGCUCAAACGUCGAAGGCACCAAUUCAGCAGCUUGCGGACAAGAUCGCCGGCUACUUUGUACCGUUCGUGCUGGCCGUAUCGGCCGUCACUCUGAUCGGUUGGACUAUCAGCGGGUACAUCGACAUCAACCACAUUCCGAUGUCGGAUGCUGCCAAGGAAGGUCUGAACAGAGAGGAAAUCAUCUUCAGCUACGCUUUUCGCUGUGCGCUGAGUGUUCUGGCGAUCGCGUGUCCUUGCGCGUUGGGUCUCGCAACGCCAACCGCCGUCAUGGUCUCAACCGGGGUUGGGGCUCUGCACGGAAUCCUGGUGAAGGGAGCUGGACCGCUGGAAAACGCCCACAAAGUGAAGACGAUCGUGUUCGACAAGACGGGCACGAUCACGUACGGAAUGCCCAUGACUUCGCGGGUCUGCAUGUUUGUGAAGCCGCAGAUUUGUUCGCUGGGGCGUGCGCUCAGCAUAAUCGGGUCGGCGGAGGUCAACAGUGAGCAUCCGAUCGCGACGGCAGUGGUGAAGUUUGUGAAGGAAGCGCUCGAGGUGGAUGCGUUUGCCAAGUGCGGCAACUUUAUGGCCGUUCCAGGGUGUGGGAUCCGGUGUGUGAUUUCCAACGUUGAAGGGAUCUUGAGAGAGGGCAUGCGCUCGGAGAAGAUUAAGAACCACCAGAACUCGUACAAAAAUGACUCCAACGCCAUCAGUUUCAUGAACGGAGCGGUCGUUGAGGAGCUCAUUCCGCAGCUUAGUCCUUCACAGAAGAACACGAUCGAGUUGCAGCAGCUGCUGCAGCUGGAAUCCAGCGACGCUGAAAACGAAAACAUCGAAGGAUUUUCGCAGGUCAACGAGUACAACGUGCUGAUCGGUAACCGGGAGUGGAUGAACCGGAAUGCCAUCAUCGUUCCACCGGAGAUAAACAUCAAGAUGACCGAGGAGGAACAGAUGGGAAAUACCGCGAUUCUGUGUGCCAUCAACAGCCAGCUGGUUUGCAUGGUUUCCGUGUCCGAUAUGGUCAAACCGGAAGCUCAUCUUGCGGUUUAUACGCUGAAGAAGAUGGGCAUUGAGGUGAUCCUGCUAACCGGUGACAACAAGAACACCGCCGGGAACAUUGCCCGCCAGGUGGGCAUCAACCGGGUGUUUGCCGAGGUGCUUCCGUCGCACAAGGUCGCCAAGAUCCAGCGGAUACAGGAGCACGGGAUGCGGGUGGCAAUGGUCGGCGAUGGCGUGAACGACAGUCCCGCGCUGGCCCAGGCCGACGUCGGGAUAUCGAUUGCGUCCGGAACGGACGUGGCUGCCGAAGCGGCGGAUGUCGUGUUAAUGAGGAACGACCUGCUGGACGUGGUCGCCUGUCUGGAUCUGUCGCGCAAGACCGUCCGGAAGAUCCAUCUCAACUUCCUGUUUGCCAGCAUGUACAACCUGCUGGGAAUCCCGCUGGCGGCGGGAAUUUUCACGCCGUUUGGAUUCAUCUUGCAGCCCUGGAUGGCCUCCGCGGCGAUGGCCCUCAGCUCGGUGUCCGUGGUGUGUUCCUCGCUGCUGCUGAAGCUGUACAAAAAGCCCACAAAGGCGGCCCUCCAAACGCCCGAGUACAUGGCAUUGAUUGAGGCCGGUGCGUUGCUCGACCCGGAAACCGUGUCCGUGCACCGCGGUCUGGACGAUAUUCCGCGGCCCAACUUUGGCCGCUCCACCAGUUCCACGUUGGCCAAACUGUUUGGCGCCACCAGCAAGGUCAGCACCGAGGAUCGGCUGCUCGCUUCGGCGGCCAUGAUCGACGAGGACGAGCUGAGCGUGGGCUUCAGCAAGCCGAUCAACGCCAGCGCGGGCGACAUCUACCGGGACGCCACCGAAAUGCAGCGGUUGUAGCCGGCCAAAGAUCGCGUCUUCAUCGCCGAUGGGAGGGGAUCGGGUGCGACCUAGAUACAGACCUCUUUCGUUUACUUACAUAUUGAAAUCGUGACCAUCCACGCAGAAGAGGCAGUUUUGUUUAUUGUUUUUAAUUUUCAUUGCGAUUUUCGUUCAUUUUCGUUAGAUGUUUGCCCGGUAUUUUCCCGACUUUUGACGCGGGGAAUCAGCCAUGGUGCUGGGCAAACGAUAAAUAGUAAACAUUUUCAUUACUCACUUUAUUAUCUUCUAUAGAUCAGUGAUUUUGUGAUAUGUAACGCAUUAAUUAUUUACAAGUGUUUUUUGUAUGAUUUUGAAGAGUUUUUAUAGUUUAACGAUUCGGAUUUUUCGUACUUAUAUCGCAUAGGGCACAAAUCCAACCAGUUAGUAACGAACCAGAAGAUUGUUUGUUGUAAACGUGUACAUAAACAGUGCAAGUGUUUUGCAGAGAAUAAUAUUUGUAUUAAAAUUA